AUGCGCCUAGAGAUGAGUGAUUGCAGCGGCUGUGCAUGGGUCGUGACCCAGGAACCCGUGAGCAUGGCAGGGAAGUGCGACACCAUCUACAAGGGCUUCGCAGGCUGCCUCAUCAGCCUGGGGGACAGCAUGGCGCAGAGCGUCCAGCAGCAGGAGAGCGGCCAGGAGGGGCAGGAGCUGGACACCAUCUGCAAGUCCUGGGACGACUUUCACGCCUGCGCCAGCGGGGUCCUGUCGAGCUGCCCCGAGGAGGCGGCUGCCAUCUGGGAGUCACUGCGCGAGGAGUCCCGCAAGAUCCAGUUCCAGGGGAACCUGCACGAGCUCUGCAGCGCCCGCGCCCGCCUGGCUGCUGCGCAGGGCUCGCCAGCGGCCGAGACCAACCAGGCCACGCUGCGGGGCUCGGCCGCCCCCGCGCGCCUCGGCCUCCUGCCCUUGCUGGCCCUGCCACUCCUCGCACCCUGGCUCUAGCCCUGCGGCAGCGCCGGGAGCCCUUCCUGCCCACCCGGCUCCGGACAACCCCAGGAGCUGUUGGACAAGGAGGCAGGAGCGUCAGGUCCGCAGCGGCAGGGAGCAGGGGUCAGCACCGCGCUCAGGGCCAUGGUGCUGUUCCAGGCGGCUCCUCCUCCAGUGCCGCUGCCUCUGGAGACUUGGCCAUCUCUCUGCCAUACCCCUCUGGCUCUGCCAUGCCGCAUCCGAGCCAAGACUGCUGGAUCUCUGUCCCGGGGGGCACGGGCUGUGCUUGCCCUGCAGGGCUCGGCCUCUUCCCAGGGCUUCUUUGGGCUCCUCCUUCCUCGCGUCCCUCGUGUGCCACUGGGGAUGGCUCUGAUGCCACCGAGGGAGCGGGGACAGGGAAGGCCGUGGGGUGGCCCUUGUCCCU